AUGUACCAUGAUCCCAUCACACCACCGGUCCGCGCCAGUCCCUCCCCUGCAAGUACCGUCACUUCCCCCUCCCGUCGCCUCCAUUUCCCCCUCCCGUCGCCUUCACUCCCCCCUCCCGUCGCCUUCACUCCCCCCUCCCGUCGCCUUCACUCCCCCUCCCGUCGCCUUCACUUUCCCCUCCCGUCGCCUUCACUCUCCCCUCCCGUCGCCUUCACUCUCCCCUCCCGUCGCCUUCACUCUCCCCUCCCGUCGCCUUCACUCUCCCCUCCCGUCGCCUUCACUCUCCCCUCCCGUCGCCUUCACUCUCCCCUCCCGUCGCCUUCACUCUCCCCUCCCGUCGCCUUCACUCUCCCCUCCCGUCGCCUUCACUCUCCCCUCCCGUCGCCUUCACUCUCCCCUCCCGUCGCCUUCACUCUCCCCUCCCGUCGCCUUCACUCUCCCCUCCCGUCGCCUUCACUCUCCCCUCCCGUCGCCUUCACUCUCCCCUCCCGUCGCCUUCACUCUCCCCUCCCGUCGCCUUCACUCUCCCCUCCCGUCGCCUUCACUCUCCCCUCCCGUCGCCUUCACUCUCCCCUCCCGUCGCCUUCACUCUCCCCUCCCGUCGCCUUCACUCUCCCCUCCCGUCGCCUUCACUCUCCCCUCCCGUCGCCUUCACUCUCCCCUCCCGUCGCCUUCACUCUCCCCUCCCGUCGCCUUCACUCUCCCCUCCCGUCGCCUUCACUCUCCCCUCCCGUCGCCUUCACUCUCCCCUCCCGUCGCCUUCACUCUCCCCUCCCGUCGCCUUCACUCUCCCCUCCCGUCGCCUUCACUCUCCCCUCCCGUCGCCUUCACUCUCCCCUCCCGUCGCCUUCACUCUCCCCUCCCGUCGCCUUCACUCUCCCCUCCCGUCGCCUUCACUCUCCCCUCCCGUCGCCUUCACUCUCCCCUCCCGUCGCCUUCACUCUCCCCUCCCGUCGCCUUCACUCUCCCCUCCCGUCGCCUUCACUCUCCCCUCCCGUCGCCUUCACUCUCCCCUCCCGUCGCCUUCACUCUCCCCUCCCGUCGCCUUCACUCUCCCCUCCCGUCGCCUUCACUCUCCCCUCCCGUCGCCUUCACUCUCCCCUCCCGUCGCCUUCACUCUCCCCUCCCGUCGCCUUCACUCUCCCCUCCCGUCGCCUUCACUCUCCCCUCCCGUCGCCUUCACUCUCCCCUCCCGUCGCCUUCACUCUCCCUCCCGUCGCCUUCACUCUCCCCUCCCGUCGCCUUCACUCUCCCCUCCCGUCGCCUUCACUCUCCCCUCCCGUCGCCUUCACUCUCCCCUCCCGUCGCCUUCACUCUCCCCUCCCGUCGCCUUCACUCUCCCCUCCCGUCGCCUUCACUCUCCCCUCCCGUCGCCUUCACUCUCCCCUCCCGUCGCCUUCACUCUCCCCUCCCGUCGCCUUCACUCUCCCCUCCCGUCGCCUUCACUCUCCCCUCCCGUCGCCUUCACUCUCCCCUCCCGUCGCCUUCACUCUCCCCUCCCGUCGCCUUCACUCUCCCCUCCCGUCGCCUUCACUCUCCCCUCCCGUCGCCUUCACUCUCCCCUCCCGUCGCCUUCACUCUCCCCUCCCGUCGCCUUCACUCUCCCCUCCCGUCGCCUUCACUCUCCCCUCCCGUCGCCUUCACUCUCCCCUCCCGUCGCCUUCACUCUCCCCUCCCGUCGCCUUCACUCUCCCCUCCCGUCGCCUUCACUCUCCCCUCCCGUCGCCUUCACUCUCCCCUCCCGUCGCCUUCACUCUCCCCUCCCGUCGCCUUCACUCUCCCCUCCCGUCGCCUUCACUCUCCCCUCCCGUCGCCUUCACCUGUGCUGCAUCGCGCAUGUGCGCGAGGAUCAAGUGA